GCGCCGCCGACGGAGACGCUGAAGCUGCUCUUCGGCGCCGGCGGCAUCUACGCGGCCUUCCUCUACUACGGGUCGCUCCAGGAGGACGUGUUCCGCUACGUGAGCGCCGACGGCGGCAAGUUCAAGGAGGUCUGGUUCCUCCAGGUGCUCGAGGCGCUGUGCAACGUCGCCGUCGGCUUCGGCGGCCUCGUGGCGACGAGCGGCACCAAGGGCCUGCCCCAGAAGCUCUUCGCCCUGAGCGGCGCGUCGCAGGUGCUCGCCAAGUACUGCACGAACGCGGCUUUGGCCAACGGCGUGAGCUUCCCCGUGGCGACGCUCGCGAAGAGCGGCAAGAUGGUGCCGGUCAUGGCGGGGUCGCUGUUGUUGGGGGGCGCGACGUACAGCCUGCGCCAGUACGCCCAGGUCGCCAUGAUCGUCGCCGGCACGGCCGUCGUCUCGUUGUCGAAGAAGAAGGGCGCCGGCGCCGCGUCCUCCGCGCUCGGCUUCGCGUUCAUCGCGUCGUCCUUGGUCUUCGACGGCGUCACCGGCGGCAUCCAGAAGCGCGUCAAGACGGCGACGGCGGCGCGGGGCAUCAAGCCCAAGCCCUACGACUACAUGUUCUGGACCAACGCCUACAUGCUCGCGACGGCCGCGGCCUUCGCCUUGACGCGCGGCGAGGUCAGCCGCGGCCUCGCGUUCUGCCUCGAGAACCCGGAGAUCUGGGCCAAGAUCCUCCGCUUCGGCGCCUGCUCCGCCAUCGGCCAGUCGUUCAUCUUCUUUACCAUCGCGCACUUCGAUCCCCUGGUGUGCACGACCGUCACGACGACGCGCAAGAUCUUCUCCGUCCUCCUCUCCAUCGUCCUCAAGGGCCACUCCCUCAACCUCCAGGGCUGGUCCGGCGUCUGCCUCGCCUCCGCCGGCAUC